CAGAAAUCCCAAAAACUUAAGACUGAGAGUGAUCUGUAUUCUCAUACUCUGUUGAGUCUAGUGACCUGUCAGUCUUUUUCUCUAUUUAUUAAUGUUUAUUAUUUUUAUUUAUUCAUUUAUCAAUAGUAACCUCUUCAUCACUCCACAGUCUCCAUCUUUAUACUCCUCCCACCUCCCAACCAUUUCUUUUUCAUAGUCAUCAUUCACUGUCUUCUUCCUUGGACUUUGCACGCUUCAUUUGGUUCAUCAACCCAAAAAAUAAAAAUUAUUAAAAAGAAACCCACAAAUAGAAAUGCCAUUUUGUUAACUUAAAAGAGUUGGAUAGAGAGAUGUUAUGCUUGAAGGCAGAAGCAGUCGGUAGAGAGAUUUACUCUGCAUCUCAUGGAGUGAUUCUGCCCGUGAACCUUGGGGGUUCUCUUCAGAAAGCAAUGCACAAAGGAGGAAGUAGAAAGGGCUCAUCUUCUUCUCAUUCUUCAAAAUCUGGAGAUGGGUAUGUUUGUUCUUCUGGUUUUGAGGGAAUUAAGAGCAUUGGUAGCAGAAAAGGCACAGAUCAACGUGAGAAGGUGGGCUGUUACAGAUUUCAGCUAGAGCGAGAAGUUCAGAUAUUGCAGAAGCAACUUCAAGAAGAAAUCAAUUUGCAUAUGGCUUUAGCAAAUGCCGUAGCACAUAAUAAUGAACCCCUCUUGAGUUCUCCUUUCAAUAUUCCAGAUGAGGCUCAGGAGCUCCUUGCUAACAUAGCUGAACUAGAGAUCACAGUUUUGAAGCUUGAAGAAGAAUUGGCUACCUUACAUUUUCAGCUUAGUAAUGAAAGAAACGAGCGUCACCUUGCUGAAACCCAUUUAAAAUGUUUACCUUUGUCAUCACUUGAGCUACGUUCUGUUUCUGGCUUUAUGUGGGAAGAGCACAUAUCUUCCUUGAGAGCUUCGAAGACUGGUGAAUCUCAAAUACCUCAUUCAUGGAAACUGGAUUUUUCAUCUGGAAAGAUAUGCUCAAGGGGAAAGUUGCCCAGAUCAUGCAAGGAUAGUAAGGAGAAACCGGAAAUAGUUUCUUCUUUCGAGCAGGACGAUGCAAUGUAUCGGAGGAAGAAUCCAACACUGAAAGAUAUUUGGAAUCACCCAAACAGGCUUUCUGAAGAAAUGGUACGAUGUAUGAGAGAUAUAUUUCUAUGUCUAUCAGAGUCAUCAUCUGCUUCUUCCAAGGUGUCUUCUUCGAAGCUUUUACCUUCUUCGUCUUCUCCAGUUGGACACCUGUCUCAGUCUUCAUUGGCAUCUUCAUCGGAUUCAUCGAUGCGUUGUCAAGAAUUAGAUAUAGAAAAUUCAUUUGAUCCUUAUGGAGUUAACGGAAAGGUGAACUGGCAGAAUAUUGGGAGCUAUGGAUUGGCUGAUGAAGUUUCUUGGUUGUCUGUUGGAAAAGAUCAACUAGAGUAUGCUGCUGAGGCUCUGAAAAAAUUCAGAUUUCUUGUUGAGGAACUGGGUAAAGUGGACCCUUCUCACAUGAGCAAUGAUGAGAAGCUCGCAUUUUGGAUCAAUGUGUACAAUGCAUUGAUAAUGCAUGCCUACCUCGCAUAUGGAGUUCCCAGAAGUGACAUCAAGCUCUUUUGUCUAAUGCAGAAGGUAUCUUAUACAGUGGCAGGCCAGUCAUUCAGUGCAGUUGACAUUGAAUUUAUCAUUCUAAAGAUGAAACCUCCGGCCCAUCGUCCACAAAUAGCCUUGGUUCUGGCUGUCCACAGCUUUAAGAUAUCUGAGGAGCACAGAUUGUAUUCAAUUGAUGCCCCAGAGCCCCUUCUUGUGUUUGCCCUCAGUUCCGGGAUGUAUUCUUCUCCAGCAGUAAGGAUCUUCACUGCAGAUAACAUCCAUGAUGAGCUGCAGAAAUCAAUGAGAGACUAUAUCCAAGCAUCGAUAGGUAUAAGUGACAAAGGUAAGCUACUUGUUCCAAAAUUGCUUCACAGUUUUGCUAGAGGAAUUGUAGAGGAUUCUCUGCUCGUUGACUGGAUAUGUCGAUAUCUUACUCCUGAUCAAGUCACUGUCGUGAGAGAUUCAACGUCUCAAAAGAAGCAGAGGCUUCUUGGUGUUCGAAGUUUCAGCAUCAUUCCUUUCGAUUCAAGGUUCAGAUAUCUUUUCUUACCUGAUAACAGAAUUACUCAAAAUCUAUGAAUCUCUUCAUGGCUCUUGAUUCAUCAAUAAAGUUCAAAAUUAUGCAUGGUUCCAUAAUAUCUUGGGUUAUGACAAGCAUUGGGGGAUUGUUACAGUACGAGAAAUGUUUGUAUAAGUAGAGUGAAGGAUGUAAAUAAAUUGUAAAUUGGAGGUAAGAUUUAUACAUGAUCGAAAAUCCUAUAAAGGGGAAAAACAAUUACGAGAGUGAACAAUAGGAGAGGCGUUUUUGUCCAGAUGUAUUCAAGUCAUGCAUAUGGUUUAUGUAACUAUUGGUGAGUUUUUUUCUAGCUCUUAUUGAGCCUUGUGUAAAAUAUUUGUAACGGCAAAUCUAUAUAAUGGUUUACUAUUUAUGUUUAUGCC